AGUUUGAAUGAACGGGUGUCACUCCGCGCCACGUUCCCCUUUGUAAAUGAGCCUUGGUUUCAUCCAUUCCCCCUUUUUUUCAACACAAACAUACAUACCUACAGCAAUUCCGAAUUUUCAAUAUGGCGCGCCGACAGAAAUAUCCCAUCCUAUCCUACCAGCCCCUGAGGCUCCUUUUCCAGGUGACCUACAUCAGCAGCAUCAUCAUUCGCCUACCUCUAUGGGUUAUCGUGUCGCUCGUGAGGCCCCUCAGGCCGCUUCCGCAAUGGACCUUCCGACAGACUUUCAUGUCUCGCGUCCUACACGCACUGACUGACUUCGGCUCUCGCAUCGGGAUCACAGAGACUCUCUCGCUGGAGCCGGGAGACGAAGGGGACCAGUUCCAGGUAAUCCAGCCCUCGACCUUGGACGUCUACCAGGGGCCGUUGGCCUCAUUCCCGGACACCAAACCCGUCAAGGUGGGCGGGACCUGGUACCCGCGCCCUCUUUCGAAAGAAGACGCGCCUUCCAAGACCGUCGGCCUCUACUUCCACGGCGGCGCGUACGUCCUGGGCACGGGCCGCAAAGCGCAGUUCGGCUGGGGCUGCAGCACGCUGGCGGCGCGCACCGACCUCGACGCCGUCUUCGCCGUGCAGUACCGGCUGGCCGCGUACUCGGGGUGCAGCGGCUUCCCCGCCGCGCUGCAGGACGCCGUGACGGGCUACGCGUUCCUGCUGCACGACCUGCAGAUCCCCGCGUCGCAGAUCGUGCUCGCGGGCGACAGCGCGGGCGCGAACCUCGUCGUCGCCCUGCUGCGGUACAUCCGCGAGUUCGGCGACGAGCUGCGCGUCCCGCCGCCGAGGUGCGGCGUGCUCGUCUCCCCGUGGGUCGCGCCCUUCGACCACGACACCUCGCGCAACCCGCGCCGGGCCACGGACUACCUGCCGUCGUCGUUCCUGCGAUGGGGCGCCGUCGCGUACGCGGGCCACGUCCCCGCCGCCGAGACGCACCCCUACGUCACGCCGCUGGGCAACCCGUUCAGGGCGCCCGCGCCCAUCUUCGCGAGCUCCGGGUCCGCGGAGAUCUUCUUCGAGGAUGUGGGGCGCUGGGCGGAGGAGAUGAAGGCGGUGGAGGGGAAUAGGAUUGAGUUUUAUGAGGAGGUCGAUGCGUGCCAUGACUCGAUGAUAACGUCGCCUGCGCUGGGGUUUGCGGACAGUGCCCACAAGGUUGUGGAUAAUAUAGCUGCGUUCAUGCGCCGGUGCUAGUUGUUAGUGACUCUCACCUUUUGUGUUCCAUACCUGCUGGAGUUGGGAACGAUUCGUCAUGGGAGGAGCACUAUAAGCGGAGGUGUGCUCAACUACAUGUAGUUUAAUUUCUUAUACCGGAGAACCGACGGCACGGAACGGUGCAUGUGGUUCCGGUUUGUUUAUACCCCAAGUUACCUGCUCCUAGUGUUUAGCUUAUACCAGAGGGCUUAUCAAGGAUAUUUUGUUUCGAUUUCUAUAAGCUCGAUCUGGCACUCUGUAUGUACUUAAGAGCCCAGAUACAUCAGAGUUGCCCCCACACAUAUCUUAAAAUAUAUCUUUCAAUGUGCCUGCAUAUGCAAGUAAUCACCAAUAUUUAGCGGCUCGGAGAUUUUGUGUGGUGUUGGAUGUGCUGUGAAGAAAGAAAACUGGUUAGGAUCGGGAAUCACAACCAGCUUCAGAAUCUGCGCACAUCUCGCUUAGGGUUAUCGGUAUAAGAGCGGCGCGGGUG